UUCCCAUCUGAAGCAAUGAACUAUGAAGGCAGUCCAAUUAAAGUAACACUGGCAACUUUGAAAAUGUCUGUACAACCAACAGUUUCUCUUGGGGGCUUUGAAAUUAUACCACCUGUGGUCUUAAGGUUGAAGUGUGGUUCAGGGCCUGUGCACAUCAGUGGACAGCACCUAGUAGCUGUAGAGGAAGAUGCAGAGUCAGAAGAUGAAGAUGAGGAGGAUGUAAAACUUUUAAGUAUGUCUGGAAAACGAUCUGCUCCUGGAGGUGGUAACAAGGUUCCACAGAAAAAAGUAAAACUUGACGAAGAUGAUGAGGAUGAUGAUGAUGAUGAUUUUGAUGAUGAGGAAGCUGAAGAAAAAGUUCCAGUGAAGAAAUCUGUACGAGAUACCCCAGCCAAAAAUGCACAAAAAUCAAACCAAAAUGGAAAAGACUUAAAACCAUCAACACCAAGAUCAAAGGGUCAAGAGUCUUUCAAAAAACAGGGAAAGACUCCUAAAACACCAAAAGGACCUAGUUCUGUAGAAGACAUUAAGGCAAAAAUGCAAGCAAGUAUAGAAAAAGCGCAUUGAACAGUCCUGGGCACUACUGGUAAAUUAAGCCCAAAGAUGGGGAAAGAGGAAAAGGAGAAACAAAUAUAGUCCAUACUGAGUACCAUCCACAAUCCAGACUGAAGUCUUCUAUUUUAAUCUCAAUCCCCUUUCCUGAUUGGCCAUCCAUUCCCCCUUGCACGCUGGAAGCAAUCUCUUAUUUUCCUAAAGCAUUUUUCUUUCA